CGAUCCGGAAGUGAGAUGCACCUUCUAAAAAUGGAGCGACGCAAAAGAAAAAAAGAGCUAAAGUAGUUUAAUGUCCAAAGAAAAGUUAAAGAACCCAUGAGAUAUUAGGUUUUUUUUUUAUGUUUGGCAGCUAAAGACAUUUGUUAAGUCGCGUGUGACGGCCAGCAGGAUGGAUUACAGUGGAAGCUCCUACAUGGAGAAUCUAAUUGGGAGUUUGCUUGCCAUUUUUGGAAACGUGUUUGUCAGCAUCUCCUUAAGUAUUCAGAAAUACAGCCAUGUGAAACGAGGUGAAAGAAAGGACCCACGUGCCUUCUAUCACUCUAAAACUUGGUGGUGUGGUUUUUUGCUGACCUUGCUGGGAGAGGCAGCAAACUUUGUCUCCUACGCCUUUGCUCCCCUCGUUAUUGUAGCAGUUCUUAAUGCCAUAUCUGUGCUGGCAAGCUCAAUUUUGGGUUUUAUUUUCCUGUGUGAGAGAUCUAAUCCAAAGGAAUUUGCAAAGCGCUAUGGGCUGUCCAUCCUGGGCUGUUUACUGACUAUAGGAGGAAGCUACCUGGUUAUAACAUUUGGACCAAACUCUCAUGAAAGGCUCAGCGCAGACAACAUUAUCAAACACAUCGUUGGAUGGCCUGUUCUUUUGUAUCUGUUCCUGGAGAUUAUCACGUUCUGCCUUCUCUUAUACUUCUACAAACAGCACAGCGCUAGCUACCUCGUUAUUAUUCUGCUGCUGGUGGCUUUGCUGGGCUCUGUCACAGUGAUCACAGUGAAGGCGGUGUCAGGAAUGUUGGUUCUCACUGUCGAGGGCAGCAUGCAGCUCAACUACCCCAUCUUCAGUGUUUUCUUGGUAUGCAUGGUUGUGUCGGUGAUCUUCCAAGCCAGAUUUCUGUCCCAAGCGUGCAAGCUGCAUGACACCUGUCAGAUCGCCGGCGUCAACUACAUCCUCUCUACCGCCUUUGCCAUCACAGCUGGAGCUGUCUUUUACUUGGAGUUUAACCAUGAUGACAUCCUUCACAUCUCCAUAUUUUUACUGGGAGCUGCAGUCUGCUUCCUCGGCGUCUUCCUUAUUACCAAAAACAGGAAAAAGUGCAAGACUUUUGAACCAUAUGUGACCAUGAAUAUGACUGAUGGUGUCCCGACUAUUCAUUGCAACGAGGUCACUCAGGUCGCUCAUCCCAACAACAACGGUUGUUUCUCCUACGGUGCUCUGGUCAACAGUGAUGGUGGAGCUCCCACGGUUCUACAAGUCCAUCUGGAUCAACUUUCAUUGGGUUCCAGAGCCGAUGUUGCCUCUUAUGGGUCGCCUGAUUUGAAGAAAGACUAGAUCUGAGCAGAUGUGGUUCUCCCCACCUUUCAUUCACUUCCACUGUAAAGAACUUUAAAGGACCUGAGGAGCCAAAGGUAGACAGUUCUUGCACACAGCCUGCAUGUCCUUGAACACCUCAUAUCCCAGUGUGCACUGGAUGCCGAAGGUGCGAUUCAGUCCUCUCCACACACUCCCUUUUAAAACAAACCUGACAACUGAAAUGUGCCUUAUUUCAGCUAAUGGCACCACUAUGAAUCAGCAAUGAACACAAGCAACACGAAGCUGCUGGAUUUUUCUUUUUCACGAGGAACCUGGAUUGGCACAGCUGCAAUAACAUGAAGCGUAUUCAAGCUUCCUGUGAUAAUAGAAGUUAAUAGAACGUUAGUUAACUUUUAAGUGGAAUGAAUGUGGUUAGAGUUAAAUCAACUAAAUGAGCAUAGUGUAAUCUAAAAAAUAAAUAAAUGUUGUGAAAAACCAAUUCAACCUUCUGCACCACAAGUACUGAUGUAGCUCUGCUAGCAUACCGUAUAACUCGUAGCCUUUUUCUGGAUUAGCUAAUUAAUUUGGUAUUUUGGGGGCAUUGUUAUCAUGUAAUUCUUAGUAUUGGCAUGUAUUCUUUUAUUAUUGGAGUUUAUUUUGUUUAGUGUUUUCAUCCCUGUGAAAGUAGUAUAGAGGGUUUUCAUGGGACGUAUUUGUCACGUCAUUUUAUGUCCCGUGGCCAUUCUGGAUUACGACGCGGUGGCCACUGUGAUUACACUUCGUGCAUUUGGCCAACAAUUGCAGAAGUUUCAACGUCGGUGUGAAGAAGCCUCACGGCACCGUG